UUGGAAACUUGCAACUUUCAGUUAGGUGCUAGUCAUACACGCACAUACACAUAUAAGAACAGAUGUGCUCCUUCUAAAUCUUGUUUAGUCUUGUCUAGUGAGUAAAGGGUGACUGGAGACGUUAACCCUCUUUGCAGUAAUCGGAAGGAACUAUUGAAAAAUCUAACAAGAGCCAUGUGGGUCCAACUGUCCUUGCUGCUUGUCCUCUUCAGUGGCACACUGUCUCUAGAUAAACUCAACAUGUGUAUGGAUGCCAAACACCACAAAGUAGAGCCUGGCCCUGAGGGAAAACUUUAUGGACAGUGUACUCCCUGGCGUGACAAUGCAUGUUGCACAGCCAACACCAGCGAAGAGGCCCACGCCGAUAACUCUUACCUGUACAAUUUCAACUGGGAUCAUUGUGGUUUUAUGAGCAAAAAGUGCAGGGAACAUUUCGUCCAGGACACUUGCUUCUAUGAGUGCUCACCUCACUUGGGACCCUGGAUACAAAAAGUGGAUCAAAGCUGGCGCAAGGAGCGGAUCGUAGAUGUGCCUCUGUGUGUGGAGGACUGCCACACCUGGUGGGAAGACUGCAAAGAAGAUUUCACAUGCAAGACUGACUGGCACAAGGGAUGGGACUGGAGCUCAGGUAUAAAUAAAUGUCCUGAUCAAAGCAAGUGCAGAAAGUGGACCGAAAUUUACCCCACACCCAAGUCCAUGUGUGAACAAAUUUGGUCCAACUCCUACCUGUACACCAGCCUCUCCAAAACCUCAGGCCGCUGUGUGCAGCUCUGGUUCACUGGGCCAAACCCCAACAGGAAAGUAGCCGAGUACUACCUGAACAACGCACAGCAACACCAGAGUUUUGCCUUUACAAUGCUACUUUUCCUGGCGUUUGCAUCUCUGUCUGUGGUGAUGUCCUAAUAUGAUAUCCUUCAUAUGAUAUCAUAUGUGUCCUUAGUGGUCUCAAUAAAACCUAUUUAAAAUA